CGUGUAGCCAACAGCAGAAACAGCAGAAGCAGCAGCAGCAGCAGCAACCAAAAUCAGCAAAUCACCCACAUCGCGACGAUUCCCAACCGAGUCGUGCUGCAUACAAGAAACAGCCCUCGAGGUCCAUUUCGCCCGAGACCGAUAGAACCCCACCACCGCCGACCGACCUCGACGGACUCGAGCACGCAUUUAGCAUGUUUGGACGCUCAGCAAGCGCCACUGGCGGUGGUUUGAGCAUCAACACCGGUGCCGCCAAUGCUGGUGCUUCUACGUCCGCAGCAGGCGGCGGACUCUUUGGAAAUGCGACGGCCUCGACGCAGCCCGCUACGAGCGGCGGUCUCUUCGGCGGUACUCAGACGGGCGGAGGAGGACUUUUUGGCAACAAGCCGUCAACACCAGCGACCGGUGGCCUCUUUGGCUCCGCCCAAUCUCAGCAACAGCAGCCCCAGCAACAGCAAAGCGGAGGACUCUUUGGCUCAGCUCAGCCUCAGCAACAGCAACAGCAGAGUGGAGGACUCUUUGGUUCGGCCCAGCCUCAGCAACAACAGCCCCAGCAGCAGCAGAGCGGGGGUUUGUUUGGCGCAUCCCAGCAGAAGCCGGCCACUGGUGGUCUCUUUGGUCAGAGUACGGCGCAGCCGCAACAACAACAGCAGCAGCAGCAGCAGCAGCAGCAACCGUCUGGAGGACUUUUUGGCGGCGGAAGCACACAGCCCCAGCAGAACCAGGGUACCGGCGGCGGGCUCUUUGGCCAGAGCCAGGCUAAGCCGGGUGGUCUCUUCGGCCAGUCCCAAGCAGCCAACAGCUCGGCCCCCGGCCUGACAAUGGGCCAAUCGACAACUCAACAAACCGUCCCCGGCGUGCGGGUGGACAUAUCCAACAUCAAAGGCACGACGCGGUUCAACGACCUCGAACAGUCUAUCCAGUCCGAGAUGGAGAACUGCGACAUGAUGAUCCAGCGGUUCAUGGCACACGCGUCAGAGAUCCGGGGAUUCAUGGCAGCCCACGGCGGCGACCUCGGCCAGCUCACGACGGACGUGAACUGGCUGCAGCGCAAGUAUGAGGGCGUCAAGACGACGCUGGACGAGGACAUUGUUACGCUGGCGCACCUCAAGGACUUGGUUAAGUCGGACGCCGACAUUGCCAAGAUGGCGUUCGCUGGCGCCGAUCAGCUCAAGCUGCCGGCGCACUACCACCAGACGUGGCUUACUAGGGGCGGCUCGGGGGGCAACACGACGAACGGCAGCCCGGACCGCAACGUCGAGGAUGUGCUCACGCUCUUCUCGAACGAAGCGGACCGCCUUAAGGAACUGCACCAGUUCCAGGUGCAGAAGAUCAAGGAGAUGGAGCAGCACAUGCCGGGCGUCGAGCACGGCCUUUACGAGCGCGUGCGGGCGCUGAGGGACCAGACGCAGGUACCGGCCUUCAACAUGGUGCUCGACCUGCUGGAGACCAUCAAGAUGAUGGGCGACAAGAUUUACGAGGCGGCGGGCGCCAUUGUCGACGUGCGCGAGAAGCUCAGCCAGCUCCAGCGUCAGUAUCCGACCAAAUGAGCAUGGCAAGAAGCGCGACGGGAAUACCUAGUAAUUGUAUAGGGCUCUCGAAAGGAUGAGACGGACUUGGUCGGUCUAGGGCGCGAGUCUGCAAGGAGCAAAUGGCGUUUGGGAUAGGCAAAAGGCUAUAUACCGGCAAAGAAUUGGGAGUUGAAGCAUCGCAACCGUUUGUCCUCGAACUGCCUAGCAACGGAUCAAGCCUCUGGCUUGGGACACGAACCCAGAGCCGGUGGGUGUCUGGAUGCGCACGACUUACAGGUUUGAGCGGGAUAGUAUCAGCGCCAUCAUCGGCAAGAGGUGGGUUCACAUACAUUCCCAGUAGCCCUCGUUUACCGGGCUAUCCUACAUGUUGGUUAUGCGUGAGUUGUUGCUUUUGCAUCCGAAGCACACAGUGGAGGUCGCCGAACCUCACUGACACUCGUUGAGGGCGGUCGUGGACGUUGGCACCCUGCCAGCUGUGAAACAUGGAUAGUUGGUCGAUAGUACGAGUACGUAGUUAGAGCGAGGUGGCAAGAGGCCGUUGAUACCCAAAUGCCAGAAGACCAACGGAUGUAGAGAUGACGACGCAGCCGCUCUCCUCUUAGCAGAAUAGGGACAAGAGAGACAGGUGCCAAGACUGAAGUGAAAUUUGUGUUUUGGUUGUUUGUAUCUACCUCGCAAGGAGGUAAUCGAUGGGGUAUCUGGGAGCUGUAAUCCGCUCAGCAAAGCCGCUCGUCCGCCCAACGCCGGGUGAUUGUGCGAUUUGUUUCAUGUCACUCUUCACCCCUUCUUCGUCCCAUCCAUCCCUUAUACACACACACAUACUCCCCCCGUGUGCCUCGCGU